GCGUGAUGUGCUGCUAUGGAAACAGAGACCGGCGGUGGAGGACGCCUCUCCGAUGACGUCACCAGAGCGCGACAGAUCCUCCUCCUGGGAACAAUGGCUGAAGCUGCAGAAUCUCGUACGGAGGAUGCUGUUCUUCCGCCCGCUGUAUCUUCUCCAUCUUCCGCGGAGGAGUCCUCUAUCCUCGCCGCGGAAUUAGCCGAGGGGCAAGAGAAGGACCCUGUGGAGGUGAAGGAGGAGGCGCAGGUUGGAGAGAUUAAAACCGAGUUGGGAGAAACAGAGGAGUCUACUUCACAGCCUUGUGCAGCCAAGAAAAUAAAAAUAGAGAUAAAGGAGAAAAAAGAGAAAAAACAUAAAGUAGAUGAAGAUGAGAUUCAAAAAAUGCAAAUUCUUGUUUCCUCUUUCUCUGAAGAACAACUAAAUCGUUACGAGAUGUAUCGCCGAUCAGCUUUUCCUAAGGCUGCUAUUAAACGGCUGAUCCAGUCAAUUACUGGAACCUCUGUCUCUCAGAAUGUAGUUAUCGCCAUGUCAGGAAUUUCCAAAGUCUUUGUUGGAGAGGUAGUAGAAGAAGCACUAGAUGUAUGUGAAAAGUGGGGAGAAUCACCCCCUCUGCAGCCCAAACACAUGCGUGAAGCAGUCAGACGAUUGAAGUCACGAGGGCAGAUCCCAAAUUCAAAAUACAAAAAAAUUAUUUUUCACUGAAGAGGAGAUUGGCGAAGAGUCUUCAGUGGGAUGAAGAUCAUUCACCUUUGAAUAAGUGAAAAUAACUUUUGCAGAUGGUGGCUUCAGAUUGCUUAAAGCCAUCUAAAUGUAUAUGAUCUUACUGGGGGAAACAUUUAUUAAACCAAUUAUGAAAUUCUA